AUGUUUUUGAAAAGCUUCCGUCUUGUCUUGCUGUUGUUGGCGCUCGGAGAUGUAGUACUGACAGCUUGUAUCCCCAGAUCCUCAAGCUCAGUUCAGGUCCCAGCAGUGGUCCCGGAAGACGCCUCCUGUGAGAUAGAUCCUGAUUUUCUCGGCUUGGCUUUCGAACAAGCCUCGUUUACACGCUAUGCAGAGGAUGACGAGGGCAAUAUCAACGACUUCUCGACCAAUUUGAUGGACUCCGUCUAUUCGAGAACGGGUGGGAAACCGAACAUCCGUCUAGGUGGGACGUCUCCGGACUACGGGAGAUAUCUUCCUGGCCAAGCCGAGCCCGCGCUGCCAGUGGCCGAGCAAGACAAUUAUCAAAACAUAGGAGGCACGACGAUUGGACCCUCAUAUUGGUCAUACACGAAAAACUUCCCGAACGCCGUGUAUAUCAUCCAAGUGCCAUUAGCCACAACUAACAUAAGCGAACCUAUCGCCUGGACCCAAUCAGCAUUAGACUCGAUAUCCGAGGACCAGAUCUUCUCGAUCCAGCCCGGAAACGAGCCCGAUCUCUACGCGGACGGGUUCACUGGUGCCAAUGGGAUCCCACUGCAGCCACCGGAGUACCACGGCACCCUCACCAGCGAGACAUAUGUCGGGAACUGGACGCGGUACGCAGCAGCCAUUAAGGACGCCGUCUCUGCGGUACCCAAGGGCCGCGUCUUCUCGGCAUUCGACCUCGCUGCGGCAAACUCUUUCCCGGUCGAUGUGUGCUUCGGCCUAGGCAUUGACGAUGCCGGUAUCAUCAAGGAGGUCGCGGGCCAUUACUAUCAAGGACAGGCAGGCACAGCGGCGACGCUCGGCAGUGUGCUUAUGAACCUCACACUCACGCACGGCAAUCUCGACAAAUUCAGGGGGCGGAUCGACUGGCUACGCACUAACAAGCCGGCGAUAGGAUUUGUGUUAUCCGAGGUUGGAAAUUCACUUCAGCCGAAGAAUACAUACGAAUUUCAAGCACGUCUAGGUUCGGCCUUGUGGCAGGUUGAUUACUACCUCUACAGCAUGACCAUUGGCGUCAAGCGUAUCAACUACCAGCAGAUCAUGCAUGCGGGUUACAACCUAUGGCUCCCGGUCGCGAGCGCAGGAUUUCCGGCACAGGUCUUCUCCAACUACUACUCACAGCCGUUCCUAGCAGAUUUCAUAGUGAGUCACUCCUCCUUAGGCGCCUCGGGAAAGACGCGCGUCUCGCAGCUCUCAGUCGGCGCCGCCAAUAUCGCGGCAUACGUUGCCUACGAGGACAGCGCGCCGAAGCGCAUCGCCGCGAUCAACAUGAACUACUGGAACCAGACGUCGUCGACGGAGACGCGCGGCAGCGUGACGCUGGGUUUCCAGGUCCCGGACGACGUCGUCGAAGUCACCGUGUAUCAUCUGAAUUCGCCGGCGGGCGCCGGUGCAGCGGCUGAUUCCAUCACGUACGGUGGCAGCCAAUGGACGUACGAGAGUCUGGGGAAGGAAGUCAAGGAUGUGCGGCAGGAUACCACGACCGUGGCUGUCAAGGAUGGUGUUGCUAGCGUGGUUGUUGCUAGUAGUGAGGCCGUAUUAAUAUGGCUGUAA